CCUGCAAGAAGCAGCCCAAGCAGACGCGCCGUCACUGCGGGGGGAUUUACAGCCCUCCCGGGUGCAGCUGCCCGUGCUCCAGCGGCAGGAGCGGAGCCUCGGGAGGGCGCUAAGGAGAUACAGAGAGACACGCGUGGGGCAGGCAGCAUCUUUCCCGUAUCGCUCACCCAAGGGAAGCUGCGGGGGGAGGGAAUGCAGCGUGGUAGGGGUUUAAAAUGAGACUUUUCCGACAGCUUUUCCGAUGGCCCACGUGGAAAUAAGCCAGGAAGAGGGAAAAUAAACGUUCUUGCAGAGGGAAUGGGGGGCCGGUAGCGGCGUCGGGGCGGCCCUCGGCGGGCACAGGAGUCUGCCCCCUCCCCGCACCGUGCCGUCCCCCCGGGGGCGCCACCCCCGCCCGCGGCCACCCUCCACCGGGAGGCGGCAGCUCUCCGCGGCGGGAGCCCAGCCUCCGCGGCCGCGCACCCCACCCGCUCCCGCCCCCGGGUCCCCGGGGGUGCCGGCAACAGUCGCUCCCCCGUCAUUGGGGCAGGAGGCGGGGCCGGCGCCGUAUAAGAAGGGACCGAGCGGGCGUUUCGCUCCCAGGUCCAGAGACGCCUUGUCCCAUCCCCGCUUCAUAUCGCCCCAUACGGCGUGACCCGAACCCGCAUCGACCCCUCGGGGAGGCGACGGUGGGACGGCAGCAGGAGCACCAGUAUCACCAGCAGCAGCAGGACCGGCAGCAGCAGCAGCAGCCCCGCUCCCCACCUGCCCGUGGCGGAGGCUGGAGCUGCGAUCUUCGCGGAGCGGCGUUUGGUGCCCGCGGCCCCGAGCCCCCGCGCCGCGGCCGUGCGGCGCCGCGUCCCGCUCGCCCAUGAGCGCAGCCGCUCUCUACAGCCUGGACUCCCCGGCAUGUUAUAAGAACUGGUGCUUGGAGCCCGCCAAUUUCUACGACGCCAAGGUGGGCAGUGGCGGCGGGCUGGGUCCCGCCUGCAAGCCGGGGGGCCGCGGCGGCUGCGGGAUGAGCGGCGAGGAGGCGGGGGGCGGCCUGGGGGGCAGCGGCACCAACCUGGCGGAGCUGAGCGCCGCCGCCCCGGCCAUGUACGAGGACGAGAGCGCCAUCGACUUCAGCUCCUACAUUGACUCCAUGUCGGCCGUGCCCAACCUGGAGCUGUGCAACGACGAGCUCUUCGCCGACCUCUUCAACAGCAACCACAAGCCCGAGCGGGGCGGGGACUACGGCGAGUACCUGCCGCCGGGCGGCGGCGCCGGCCGCGACCCCGCCAAGGACCUCGGCGCUGCCAUGACCACCCUGCUGGGCGCCGAGCCCCGCACCGCCUCCUCCUCUUCCUCCUCCUCCUCCUCCUCUUCCUCCUCCUCCUCCCGCGGCGCCCUGAAGCAGGAGCCGGACUGGAGCGACAGCGACAUCUCCUCCUCGCUGCUGCCUUCGCAGAUCGCCACCUGCGCCCAGACCAUCAUGAACCUGAGCGGGCAGCCCACGCCGCCCACCUCCCCCGAGCCGCCGGGCAGCAGCUCCCCCUCCAGCUGCAGCACCCGCUCCCCGGGCCCCACCGCCGCCGGGGCCGCCGUCUCCGGGUCGGCGCAGGGCGUCCCGCCGCCGCCGGCCGCCGGCGGGAAGGAGCGCGGCGGCAAGAAGUGCGUGGACAGGUUUAGCCCCGAGUACCGGCAGCGCCGGGAGCGCAACAACAUCGCCGUGCGCAAGAGCCGCGACAAGGCGAAACGGCGCAACCAGGAGAUGCAGCAGAAGCUGCUGGAGCUCUCGGCCGAGAACGAGAAGCUGCACAAGAAGAUCGAGCAGCUCACCCGGGACUUGACCAGCCUCCGGCACUUUUUCAAGCAGCUGCCCAGCGCCUCCUUCCUGCAGCCCGGCUCGGGCACCGACUGCCGGUAACCAGGGGGGAGCGGGACGGAGAGACGGACUCCGCGAGAAACGUGGAUAAAUACCUCAGGGGGCCUUGCCGGGCCGUGCCGAGCCCUGCCGAGCCUUGGCCGUGCCGUGCCGGGCCGUGCCGCGGCGCCCCGGGCCGGGCAAAAGGCGCGAAGCCGCGGUGGGACCCGCCGGCCGGCGGCCGCCUUCUGAAUGUUGUAGCGACGUGGGGCGACGCCUGGGUCUUUCACCACGAAACUUGCAAAAAAAAAAAAAAAAAAAAAAAAAAGGAAAAAAGCUAAAAAAGCUAAAUAUCUUUUUUUUUUCUUCUCUCCCCUUAAAUUAUUUUUGUAAUGGUAGUUUUCGUCUUUUCUACAUUUUACUCGUACCGAUGCAGCUAUGGUACAUCUGUUAAAAUGAUUCAAAACCCCAUGUAUUUUAGACAGUAAAGACUGAGCAUGCUCGACCUUUUAUAUCAAUUUUUACAGCAUUUCUAAGAAUAAAAAAGAAAAGCAUUUUAAAUCAA